AGGGCUCUUGUCCUAGUCGCCAAGGAGGAGCCUUGGGUCAGGCGAUCUGGAGCACAGGCCGGAAUAACUGCGUGGGGAUCCGGCUUGCCACUCCUGCACGUGGGACCUGGUGCCCCGUCGCUUAACCGCUUUGUGGCUGUCUCCUCGUCCGACCAAAGGGAUUGGGGUUGUGGGAAGCGUAUUAACCACCCGCGAGAGGGCUUGGCACGUCUAGGUGGUCAUAAAACAUCUGCUCUUUGCAGCGCGCACCGCUGAGGAAAGAGGAGGGAGGACAAGCUAACACCUAUUUUGGAUAGAGAAUAUUUAAUCAUUUAGCUGAAAAUGGUAUUUUUUACAUGCAAUGCAUGUGGUGAGUCAGUGAAGAAAGUACAAGUGGAAAAGCAUGUGUCUGUUUGCAGAAACUGUGAAUGCCUUUCUUGCAUAGACUGUGGUAAAGACUUCUGGGGCGAUGACUAUAAAAACCACGUGAAGUGCGUAAGUGAAGACCAGAAGUACGGCGGCAAGGGCUACGAAGGUAAAACCCACAAAGGUGACGUGAAGCAGCAAGCAUGGAUUCAGAAAAUUAAUGAACUAAUAAAGAAACCCAAUGUCAGCCCCAAAGUGAGAGAACUUUUAGAGCAAAUUAGUACUUUUGACAAUGUGCCCCGGAAAAAGGCGAAAUUUAAGAACUGGAUGAAGAACAGUUUAAAAGUUUACAAUGAAUCCAUUCUGGAGCAGGUGUGGUAUAUCUUUUCUGAAGCCUCCAUCAGUGAGCCAGUGAGUGAGGGGCAGGACCCACAGCCCCCCAAGCAGGCAGCCAAGCCAUGUGCGGAAGUGGCCACCAAGCUUCCCCCGUCCAGUGCCAAUGGCCCCACGGAAGAGCAGGCUCAGGUGAAGAAGAAUAAAAGGGAAAGGAAGGAAGAACGGCAGAAGAACAGGAAAAAAGAAAAGAAAGAACUGAAAUUAGAAAACCAUCAAGAAGAUUCAAAGAGUCUGAAGCCUAAGAAGCACAAAGCGGGGCAGGAGACUGGCCCAGAGGCCGAAGGCUCGGCAGGGAAGAAGGGCAAGAAGAGGCAAGGCCAGAGCAAGCAGGUGGCGGAGGGCGGGCACGCCAGCGAGGAGACCAAGCCAGCUGCAGGGAAGAGGAGGCGGACGCACUCGGAGGGUGAAGCAGACUCUAAGAAGAGAAAAGUGGCGUUUCCGGGACACUCUGAGGAUGGAGAACCAGAAGAUGGAGAAACUCCCGCAAAAGGUAAAUUCAACUGGAAGGGAACUAUUGAGGCAGUUCUGAGACAGGCCCCGGAUAAUGAACUGGCAGUCAAGAAGCUGAGGAAAAAGGUCUUGGCUCAGUACUACAAGGUGACGAGUGACUCCCACAGGUCGGAGGAAAAGCUCCUGGUCAUCUUCAACAAGAAAAUCAGCAAGAACCCCAGCUUCCGGUUGUUAAAGGACAAAAUCAAGCUUCUGAAAUGAUCAUUUUGAUAUUUAGAAGCUGAGUCCAUUGUGUCAACUUCUUCCUUUCACUGCUGUUUGUAAAAUGUGUAAUGAGUUAUAACAACCUCAAUUUUGCUUUCUAAAGCCGUAUUUUUAAGUUAAGGAAAAAAUACAUUUUUGUUAGAACUUUUAUGAAAAGAUAAAAUAUAUUCUUGUCCAAAAUUCUAAAUCUUUGGUGGCAGAAAUUAUUGUAGUUUUAAAAAAAAUUUCUAUGUGGGAAGUUUCUCUAGAUGUAGUGCAGUGACAAGUCAAAAAGAAAUUCCUCCUCUGAUCUGACUAAUAAGUGUUCAUUUGAACCA